UAAUUAAACCCUGUAUAGGAAUAAUGUCAUAGUCAAUUAUAAACAUGCCAGUUUUGAUUUAUUACACAACAAUUCAAAUUAAUAAUGAUCUAACUCAAAAGGUGGAGUGCAAAUUCAAAUACAUUCGGUUUGCACAGAUGCCUUUCUUCAUGGAAAGCUAAAGGGGAUGAGAACACAGCAGAUGACACUAUUCUGCAAAAUUUGGAAUCCCAGAUUAGGUUAGUGUGUUCAUACACACUGGCCACUUGUAUUAUCUUUGGUGUACAGAAAAUGCAAGUUUUAGCUAUACUCAAGCCUGGUGUGUUUUGUACACUCUGGAUGUGUGUGACUCUGUGUCUGUUGAUUAACCAAGUACAGCAGGCUCAGAACACUUUGGUGACUAGGUUAAUUUGUGGUCAGGCUCAGAGGCAAAAGAGCUGCUGAAGAAAUGUAUGAAAGUAGCAGCUGUAUUGGAAAAUGCAACUCAUAACCACAAAGAGAGAUAAAACCAAACUGGAUGUUUGUGGUGGCUUUGGCUAUCCAUGGCUGAUCCUAUGAUAGCAUUGGCCACUGGUCUAUCUGCUGUACUUCUUUUUCUUCUGAUGAUUGGCCUGACAGUGUAUCUUUUAUGGAAGAGGAGACAGGACAUGAGAAGGGACAAUCAACUGAUCAGCACUAAUUCAGUUAUUCCACCAUGCACACCUGUGCUCCAAACAUUACAAGCUAGCAGCUAUGGUUCAGCUGAAGUUCCCUUCUUUCUGCCUCCAAGUUUCAAGAGUUCAACCCAUUCAGCAAUGCCUGAAGGGAGGGAGGAAGAAGAGCAAUGGAAACAGCACCCACAUCUGCAUAUCCAGCGUGGCUCUCUAACAAUAGGCAGCUGGUUCCCACUGGGUAGCCUGAGGCCAGAUCUGUACCAGCUUCCUGAAGAGCCAAGUGAGUGGGCACAGCCCAGUGGCUCUACUGUACGCCUGUGCUUUGCUGUGCAGUAUCAGCAGGAGCAAGAGCAGCUGGUGGUCUCCCUGCUCCAAGCUGCCAAUCUUCCUGCCCAAUGCCAAAGCAGUGCCACACUGGUCAAACUGCAGCUCCUGCCAUCUGAAGAUCGACAUCAUCGCCAGGCCAAGGCCCAGAGCAAAGGCUGCCAACCACAGUUCAAUGACACCUUUGUCUUUCAGGUAUCGAAUAACAGUGUGGACCAGUGUACACUGCGCAUGAGUUUGUACAGUGUGGACAGACUGAAGAAGCACCACCUGGUGGGCCAUGUUCUGCUCCCACUAAGACAAGAUGAACUGCAAGAGGCAGCUGGGAAAGUCUUGUGGCGAGACCUUGAGACUGACAGUGAUCUGCCUCUUUCAAAGCAUGGCAAUAUCCAGGUGUCUCUGAACUACAAUCAGUCUCUACAGCGCCUCACUGUGGUUGUGCUUAGAGCCAGAGGACUCCAGUGUCCCAGCAAUGCUGGUGUUUCUGUUCAGGUUUCUUUGCAGAUACACACUCAGGUAGUGAAAACAAAGUGCACACCAGAAACCAGAGGCAGCACCCCAACUUUUAACGAGAAGCUGACAUUCAGGCUCCUACCUGUGCAGCUAGAUGCAGCUUGUAUUUGCUUGGAAGUCCAGCAGGUAGGCCAUGAAGAGCUUGCUGAAGUGCCAAGUACCAGAGCCACAGCACCAGUAUCACUUGGACUUGUAGUCAUUGGGCCAUUUAUGUAUGCGAGAGGCAGAGAGCUGGAGCAUUGGAAUGAGAUGAUCAGUAAAUCACAGGAGCUGGUCAAGCAGUGGCAUGGACUGGGAGCAGCUAACAACAUUUACAACAACAACCAAACAUGAAGAACAGGUCAGAAGAAAGGACAAUGCUUCCUUUAUAUAUAUUUAAUAUAUUUAGUAGAAGCAGACAUGUCUGAAAAGUGAUGGCAGAUGUGCAUUGCAAAAAAUACUUGGUUUGUCAGUUAAAAGUGUCAUCCAUAACA